GUCGACAUUCUUCCGCCUCAUUGUUCCUCCUCUUUGAAUGAAGAGAGGGAGGGAUCUGCUCAAACGCAUCAACAAAACUUUCGCCACUCUCCAAAACCAUAUGCCCCAGGUUCCCUUUAUUUCAGUCUCUUGGCUUACCCAAAUAUUUCCAUGACUAUAUAUGCGUGCUUCUUGUUUUCCUUUGAUUCGUAGGUACCGAUGGAUGCAUCGGAGCGAUACUGUUAUAGCCCCAGAUUGCGCUGGAACCCUGAAGUAGAAGACUACUUCGUUAAAGCAUACGGGCCUCUACAUUUUGCUAAAAUCUCCGAGGCCUUAACGCGUCCGUCCUGCUACUCUUGUAUCCGAGUGAAUACGCUCAAGUGCACGAGUGAUUCUGUAAUGGAGAAGCUGCAGAAGAUAAUUAUAAAUUUGGGACCUGGAAAUGGUAUUGAAGGCGUAAAUUCAAGUGAAACUGAUGCCGGUGGUAGCUUGGAUGUGUCUGAGAAUCAAUCACGAGUAAAAAAUGGGCUCAUCUCAAAGUGUGACAUACCCGGGUUAGAUUAUGUUGUAUUUGUUAAGGGGUGUGGACCACAUGUGAUUGACUAUGGUUAUACGCCUGACAAGCCUCCUAAGGAGGUACUUGUCAGCAGGAAGUGUGCUGAAGCAGUUCUUCGAGGUGCUCAGGUAUAUGUUCCUGGUGUAAUGGCCUGUAGUGCCCAUGUGGAGGAAGGGGAUACAGUAGCUGUUUCAGUUGCCAUUGAGCAACCUCUUCCUGAUAGUGGAUGGGGUAUUGGAAUAACCCGUGGGACCAUUCUGCAGGGGCUGCAGAGAGAUCCUUAUCACUUCGAACGAAAUGGAUUGUAUAUUGGCCAAGGAAGAACGGUGUUUUCACGAGCCGGGAUCUUCCGUGCUUCCAAAGGAAUUGCAGUUAAUAUGACAGAUAGAGUAUUUAGCCUUCCUUCCUUUCACGAUGUGCUUGAGGGGGAAAUAUUUCUUCAAAACCUGCCAAGUAUUGCCACAGCACACGCUCUUGAUCCUCAAAAAGGUGAGCGGAUAUUGGACAUGUGUGCUGCUCCAGGUGGGAAGACAACUGGUAUUGCUAUCCUUAUGAAGGAUGAAGGAGAGGUUGUUGCGGUGGAUAGAUCUCAUAAUAAGGUGUUGGAUAUUCAAAAAUUGGCUGCUGAGCUGGGUUUGACUUGUAUAACCACAUAUAAAUUGGAUGCUCUCAAAGCUGUUUGUAAAAUAGAUGGAUUGAGUGAUAUGGCAACUUCCAAUUGCAGCAAGAAUAAUAUGGACAUGACCCUUAAGAAUUCCGACUUGCCAAGAUCUCAUGAGAAUAGAGUAUCAUCUGUUAUGGCUGAAGAAUUGAAUGCUAAUAUAACUGCUGGUGAGAAUGUUAGCAUCGAGAAAGCAAAUGAGAGAACUUAUGUUGGCAAAGCUGACAUAAGGAAGAAUGAGCGAAUAAUGCGGAAUGGUCCAGGAAGAAAUCAGUCCCAGGGAGGCAGGGUUGAGAAAUCAAAAGGUUUUCUUCCCAACAGCUUUGAUAGAAUCCUUCUUGAUGCUCCUUGUUCUGCUCUUGGUUUGAGACCUCGGUUGUUUGCUAGGGAGGAAACAAUAGAAUCAUUGAGAAACCAUGGGAAUUACCAGAGGAGAAUGUUUGACCAGGCUGUUCAGUUAGUUCGCCCUGGCGGAGUUAUUGUGUACUCAACAUGUACGAUUAACCCUGGGGAGAAUGAAGCAUUGGUUCGAUAUGCUUUGGAUACAUAUAGUUUCCUCUCUUUAGCACCACAGCAUCCAAGAAUUGGAGGACCUGGCCUUGUAGGUUGUUGUGAACUUCCUGAUGGAUAUGUUGAGGAAUGGUUAAGACCUGGAGAGGAGGAAUUGGUUCAGAGGUUUGACCCAUCUUCGUCGCUUGACACAAUUGGCUUUUUCAUAGCCAAGUUUAAUGUAGGCUCCAAAACGUGCCCGAUUCAAAAUCUCUAGGGCUGGGAGCUUUCUCAAGUUAGGAACUUUAUUUUAGUAAAAUGCAUUUUGCUAGGCAACAAUCAUCCAAAGCACAGCUAGAUACUUUGCUUGGUAGGCAUUUUGCAUUUAUAUGGUGAAGAUCUGGUUUGUCUUAACAGCUGCAGUUUUGUUGAGUAUUUGGCAAAUUUUGUUGUAGUUUUAAAAAUGAGCCAAAUAUUUACUACUCCCACUGGUCUUUUCAAGUUAUCCUGCUUAUGUAAUACCUUCCUUGAUUCUCCAUAGUUAUUAUUAGUAUUGUUAUUAUUAUUAUUAU